CGGCGCCAGAAGAGGCGGGGCCUCGGCCCGGGCGCUCAGUCAGCCACGGUCCCAGCCUGCCCCGCGCGGGCCAGCGAGAGCGCAGCCCGUGACUCACCUCGGCCGCGCCAACUCCGCGCCAGCUCUGCCCUCACACACGCUCACACCCGGCCCGAGAUGGCGGCGGCGGCGGCGGCGGGGGACUCGGACUCCUGGGACGCGGACACGUUCUCCGUGGAAGACCCGGUGCGGAAGGUGGGGGGCGGCGGCACCGCCGGCGGGGACCGCUGGGAAGGCGAGGACGAAGAUGAAGACGUCAAGGAUAAUUGGGAUGACGAUGAAGAUGAAAAGAAAGAGGAAGCAGAAGUAAAACCAGAAAUAAAAAUUUCAGAGAAGAAAAAAAUAGCAGAAAAGAUAAAAGAAAAAGAACGGCAACAGAAGAAAAGGCAAGAAGAAAUUAAGAAGAGGUUAGAAGAACCUGAAGAACCCAAAGUGCUAACGCCAGAAGAACAACUAGCAGAUAAAUUGCGGCUAAAGAAAUUACAGGAAGAGUCAGACCUUGAAUUAGCAAAAGAAACUUUUGGUGUUAAUAAUACAGUUUAUGGAAUAGAUGCUAUGAACCCAUCUUCAAGAGACGAUUUCACAGAGUUUGGAAAGUUACUAAAAGAUAAAAUUACACAAUAUGAAAAGUCACUAUAUUAUGCCAGUUUUUUGGAAGCCUUAGUUCGAGAUUUGUGUAUUUCAUUGGAGAUCGAUGACUUGAAAAAGAUUACCAAUUCAUUGACUGUGCUUUGCAGUGAAAAACAAAAGCAAGAAAAGCAAAGCAAAGCCAAAAAGAAGAAGAAAGGUGUGGUUCCUGGAGGGGGAUUAAAGGCCACCAUGAAAGACGAUCUGGCAGAUUACGGUGGCUAUGACGGCGGGUAUGCACAAGACUAUGAAGACUUCAUGUGACGUUUUAUCCUCUUCUGCUGUCUUCUUUCUGUUGCCCACAAUCCCUUCUACAUGUAGCACAACUUCCUUUCCUUUCGGUUCUGCCAAAUGCUACAAUCAGAAGUACAGUAUCUUUUGUGCUGGUUAUUUAAUCCCUUGACACUUAGGUGCUAAUGUGCAAAUGAGGGGACUUGGAUCUUGUUGCCAAGGGGUUAAAAUUGGGAACUGAGUUGCUACUAAAUCAUAGUUUUAAAAACAAAAACCCACAACCAGAAUAAUGAUCGUCAUUGUUGCUAUCCGAUUCCAUAGCAGCAGUCACUAAAUUGGAAACAAGGGUUGCAACAUGACAAAGAGUUGUGUAGUAUUUACCAGCACCGUUCAGUAAUACAGCCUUAACCAUACCUCCUGGAACUACUUCAUAACUUGGCAAGAAAAGCAGUUUGCAGCAAGGGCAUGUGGUGUGCACCUAGUAUUAAAAUUGCAUUGUCUUAAGAUUGAGCGUGAGAAUAUUAAAAACACAUUGUGAAGACGACUGCUUAUCUCAGUGAAGAUACUGCGGCUGAAAGGCUCUUGUUUGAUCCUUAAAUGACCAAAACCCUCCAACUUUGAAGCUGAAGAAGGUAAACCUCUGCAUUACAAGCCGUGGGCUCCCUGGAGUGCAUAGACUGCCUGGCACAGGUAUCAGACUCUCACAGCUGGCGGGCUUCAGAUGAGGAGGGAGUGCUGCUUGUUUGUUUGUCUGAUGCAAAGGUCUCUGAGAAACUUCUAGGCUGCGAUGGAACAACUUUAUCAGGGUUUUGGCAUUUCCUUUUCUUUAUAAAACAUGCUCAGCAAACUGCACCAGUUAACUACAGUUUGGUAAAUUGUUAUGUUAACAAUUAUGACAUCUGCAAUGUUUUAUAAAGCAACUAAUUUAAUAAAAUCACUAUUGUGAGGACUUAAAAAUUUUGUGUUACCUCCCAAGAGAUACUUUUGGAAAAUACAGAAUACAGCUCUUGGGAUUGUUUGUGCUUCACUUAAGCUUAACAACAAGAAUGUUGUAGGUGCAGUUUCAGCUUUAAAUCUAAGAAUGGUUUGCCUGUCCUUCCUAGCCUCAUUGUCAGUUAACAAAGGUGGAGGGCUACAUUCCUCUUAUUUAUUUAGAGAAAUUAUUUUGUUGUAUAGUUACUAAGGCCUAAUUAAGUACCUAGAUAAACUAUUUAUUUGGGGUUAUAAAGCCUAUAAUUCAGGUUACUUGUAAGCAUAGAUUGGGGGCCUUUUAUUAUGAAAACUAUUUUCAUAAAAAUAGAAUUAAAAGACUUUGGUGCAGGAAAUACAUGUGAAAGUCAAAGUGGUUGUGGAAGGUGCAAAUUACAAAAAAAUUGCUUGGAUUUCAUUUUUUUGCACCAAAAUAACUAGUUUUCAGGAACUUCUUGAAGCUUCUCCAAAGUGAUUAAAGCUAAUCUGUGGUUAGGGGGUGCCCCCCGCCCCCAAAAUUUUGUAAUUUAUCUUACAUAAGAAAUAGGGACCUUAAGUUGGAAACAUCACUAUCUAAAUAAUUUGAGGAAUUUUUACAGAAAGUGAUUACACACAGGAGUUAGUAAGUACUGUUUUAAGGCAGACAAGGGCUGAGAUUUCCUUAAUAGUAAUGACAUACACUGAAUUAAAAUCUGUUUUAUUAUAGAAAGUUUCUAAUGAAAAUGUAUCACCUGUUCCUUAACUCUGUAAAUAAUAUUAAAUUUCUUUGAAACUGGAG